AUGAGAAUCGCCUGUCUCCAGUUCGCCCCCCAGGUCGGUGAUGUCGACAACAACCUCAACCGUGCCGACGCCGUGCUGAGCAAGGCAACCCCCGAUGACUUCGACCUGCUCGUGCUCCCCGAGCUGGCCUUUUCCGGCUCCAACUUCGAGUCCUUGCAGCACAUCUCCCCUUUCCUCGAGCCCUCCGGGUCGGGAAUCACCUCGCUAUGGGCCCGCACUGUCGCUCUCAAGUUCGAAAGCACUGUCAUCGUCGGAUACCCUGAGAAGGUGGACGUUGCCAGCCGGUGGCCUACGGGCCCCGAGUACUACAACUCCGCCAUCGUCAUCAACGAGGACGGCGACACCAUUGCCAACUGCCGCAAGACCUUCCUCUACCCCACCGAUGAGACGUGGGCUCUCGAAGGCGAGGGCUUCCACGAUGGGUUCCUCCCCAACGCGGGGCAGACUGCCAUAGGAAUAUUUUCCAGCCCCUACAAGUUCCAGACGCCCUUCCACGCCUUCGAGUUCGCGUUCCAUGUCCUCCACGCAGAGUGCAACCUCGUCGUUCUGACCAUGGCCUGGAAGACGGGCGAGGACGCUCGCCUGUUCAGCCGGACCCCCAACGAGCCGGACAUGGAUGUGCUUGGGUACUGGGUCGCAAGGCUGGAGCCGCUCAUCCGCGCCGAGUCCGACGAGGAGAUCAUCAUAGUCAUUUGCAACCGGUCUGGGGUCGAGGACGACGCGGUCUACGCCGGGUCGAGCGCCAUCCUCGGCGUCCAGAGCGGCGAGGUCAAGGUGUACGGCUUGCUCGGCCGCGGUGACAAGAAGCUGCUGGUUGUUGAUACGGACCAGGCGCCGUACGCCAAGCUUCAGCAUCGAGCCUUGCCGAGCGACUCGGAGUCCACGACGCCCAGAUCGUCAUCGCGCCAAUCAUCCGGGUCCAAGCAGCCGUCUGAGAGCUCGCACCACCGGGCAGCCACGCCGUCCUCUCCACUCGUGCGCCGAGAGAGCAAAUCCAAGGACUACUCGCCCUACACGUCGCGGCCAACCUCCCCUCGGCAGGACUCGGUGUCAUCUACAAAGAGCCAGGAUUCCAGGGCGUACAGCUCGGCCUCAUCCACCAAGGGCAAGGAGCAGAGGGUCUACAGUCCUGUCUCAUCUAGAGAAAAGGACCAGAGAUCGUACACCCCAGUCUCUUCAAAAAGAGACAAGGACCCGACAUCGUAUAGCCCGGGACCAUCGCGCAAGGAAAAGGAAUCCAAGCCAUCCAGCCCCAGAAAGCCCACCCCGAAUCCCGGGGCAAAGCCGGGCCUAGGGGCUUACACCUCACUUGACGAAGUCGUCCGGUCCAGCCUGGAGGACAAGGAGCCGGGCUCUCCCUCAUCCAUCAAUUCCAACAACUAUCUUGACCCCAACGAGCGAGACAGCUUGAGGCAGGAUACCCCCGUGGUCCGAUUCCCCGACAAAACCUCCUCCGAUCCUUUCUCUCGGAAGCAGAUCUACGGCGGCCAGGUCUCCAUAUCCUACGUAGAGGAGGGCCGCAGCCCCGUGACGCCCUAUGACGAGAACCGCCGCGCCUACUGGAGCAACUACAAGGUCCCCGCCGCGGCCUCCAUGAAGCCCCAGGGCCACCGCAUCAGGGGCAGCUCGGGCUCAAAGGGCAAUACCCCCGACCCGGACCAGCGCACC